AUGUGCAGCAUUCAAGGAUUUCCCUCUUUUGCAGGCUUGACUCUAGUAGUGGACAAUGCCAGAUCCCACCAAGCCCCCACUGUGAUUACCGCUACUACAACCGCUAGCAGUCAGCAACCAAAGACAAAGCCCACUGGCAGCCCUAGCAUGUGCCGCUGGGAAAGUUGUCCCGCAAACAAGCAAUGCCAACGAACGGCCUCUCCCAAGCCACCUAGCCGUUCCAGAGAUUCUCCCCUCCGCCUUCCUUCUCGAACCUGGUCUUCCGAUGGUACUACUACUACUAAACGUACUAUUAGAAUGGAAGAAAUGGUCCACAAAUUGCCAUCUCUGGAACUUUGGACUCGCAGUACAACAUGUAGUACCGGUGCUGCAUGCACAAGAAGUACCCACACCUGCGCCCGCAAGAUCAGCACCAGUCCCUGCACCAGUCGUCGCCGCCGUCGUACCACCGAUGCCAACAAGAGACGACCUCGCAGUCCUACUUUGGCCUAA